UCUGCUGCUGCGAUGGCGAGCGAUCCCCAGUGGGAGAUAUCUGUCAGCCCGAUGGGAUUCAACACACGAUGAAUUCUACACAAGUACCCGGGCUGCCCCCGGACAGCCCGGAGGCCGGGAUGGCACACCUGGCGGCCUGGAACACGACGGCGCCCCUCGAGAAGCUGCCGCUGGACUCCAACUUUGCCUGGCUGCUGUGCGCCCUGCUGGCCGCCACUGCCUGGGUCAUCUACGUCACCUUCUACAAUGCCCGCGUCCUGGGCUUUCUGCUCACCAAGGUCCUCAACCGCUUCGUGGCCGAUGCCUACGUCCGCAUCGGCUCAGUGUCCUUGUCCGUACUUUCGGGCAAGUUGAUGUUCCGUGACGCGGCUUACGUGACUCCGGACUUCACCGUGCGGGCCCAGGACGGAUGGCUCGUCUUCCGCUGGUGGAUACCCUACGUCAAGAAGGAGUUUCCCCGCACGUGCACGGAUGCAGAGGCCCGUGUGCUGCUGCUGCUGAACGGCCUGGAGCUCCACGUGUACAACCGGUCGCAGCUCUACUCGAGGCUGGAGCGCCUCUUCGGGCUGGAGCCCAGCGUGCUGCCUCCAGACAGUCCCAAAGCCCCGCCGGCUCCAGUGCCCAGCACCGAGGAGGAGCGCCCGUGGAGGGACCUUGUGCCCGUUCUCAAGGUGGAGGUGUCGACGGGGCGCCUGGUGUUUGGCAACCGCCUGCUGCCGACGACAAUGUCGAUACGGUUCGAGGACGCCCACGCCACGUACAAGACCCGGGCUGCCUCCUCCCGCCUCGACCUGUUUCAACACAUUCUCGACUGCCGCCUGGACAGCUUCAAAGUGAUGCUGGCUCCGAGUCCCAAGUACAUCGGCAUCCCCGACGAGCCACCCCGGUUUAUGGGCGAGGGGUUCGUGGUGCUCCAGUCCAACCGGGUCCACCUUUUUUACUACCAGGACGAGCCAGGGCUUGUGCCAGCGGAGCCCGAGGUGGUCCAGCUGGCCAACGGGGACCUGGUGGAGCGGCGCAGCGCCCCGACCUGGGGCCUGGAUGCCAAGUGCGGCCGGGGCACCAGCUUCAGCUACGGGCCCUGGGCCGACCGGCAGCGGGACCAGCUGGUGCAGUUCUUCUACCCUCAGGACUUCCAGCCCCUGCAGCCGACCCCUACCCCCGAGGUCGGGGAGCGCAGGCGCUUCCAGUCGUUCGACCUGCGCCUGAGCACCACGGCCGAUGCCACCGUCGACCUGCUCUUCUCCAAGGACAAGGAGACGAAUGCGGUGCACAUGACGGUGAAGCAAGGCUCGUACCUGGAGCUGACGGUGCCCUGGGUCAUGGGGCCCGAGGGCUACACCCUGCGGGUCAUGGGGCAGCUCUUCCACCUGGACGCCUCCACCAGCCUGCCCUUCCGAGGCUUCGUCGAGAGCGAGAUCUUGGGGUUCGACGUUCAGGGCCAGUACCCCCUGGUGUGGAACGGCCACCAGGACUGGCAGUGCAGCCUGGCCGGGUGCCGGAGCUCCCUUACGCUGCUGCACGCUCACAAGGGCUUCUUCCACGCCCUGGUGGAAGACUGGGCCAGCAAGGCGCGUCCGGACCUGCUGCGCUUCGUGCCGUACACCUGGCACCUCAACCUGGUGCUGACCGAAUUCGAGCUGGUCACUCUGGCCAACGAGUACAACUGGGUCGACUGCGCGCACCAGGAGAACGCUCGCGUGGCCUUCUGCGGGGAGGUGUUUGACCUGUCCUUCGACCUGCCCUUUGUGGACUUCCUGCCGCCGCAACUGAGUCUCAAGUUUUGGAUACAGGCGGAGAGUGUGGCGGUGUUGGCCCAACUACCGGAGGGCAACCCCCACCGGGAGCUGCUGCUUCUCCUGGAGAAACACGCACGGACGACGGACCGCACGGGGAUGCCCCGGCAGCCCUCGCAGGGGGACCACAAGUGGCACCACCUAGCAGACUCUGGCCGAGGCUGGGUGGAGGUGUGCAGCGUGCCGAUUGUGGCCCUGAGCCUGGGCUACACCUACCACCCGGUGCCUCCCCUGGACUUUGCUCACCCGCUGGACUUUGACGUGACCACUCCGGAGAAGGAAGAGUUGCUGCUGUCGCCCAUGCGACCCCCCAAGGGACGCGCUGCCCUGCUGCCCCCGGAGGACUUCGACCCCGGCAACAUGGCUCCCGACGUGCUCUCUCUCGAGCUGGAGAUCGGGCCCUCCGUUUUGACCCUGGAUGGCUCGGUGCUGCACCUGCUGAUGCAGCUGAAGGAGAACUACUUCGGGGCCUGGCAGGAGUAUGUGGACAUGGAGGCCCAGGCCCCGCCCCCCGAGCGGCCCGCCGAGGGGGCCUUCGACCCCCGCUGCUUCCGACCCCUGGACGUGCGGGCCACCGUCAUCCUGCACGACAUGCACGGACACCUCAUGAAGGGUUGCGGAGAAGGCGAUGCCCCAUGUCCUUCUCUGUUCCUGGAGCGUCUGCAACUGGAGCUCGUGCGCGGUCACCGGGAGAGUCAGCUGCAGCUGCUGCUCUCCCCGCUGGUUGCCAUCUGCCCGGGGGAGCGGCCGGGGCACCUGGCACUUUCGUCCUUCCAGGUGCGUGGCCAGGCGCUGUUCUCGGGGGUCGGGCGUCCCCUUGGCAGUGACAGCCUCGAAUACGCCUGGCUCGUGGAGCUCCAGGCAGGCGACCUAACGGGACGGCUCUCCCUGCCACAGCUGUACGACCUGGCGGUAGGUGCUGAGCUGUUUGCGGAGCAAGCUCAGCAUGCCAGCGGUGCCCUGGAGGCGCCCCCGGGGCGCAUCCGGUGCCAGCACGACCUGCCCCAGAGCGAGUGCUCUCGGGGGGAGCCCUGCCCCGUGCCGGACACCCUCAAGUACCGCAUGACGCGCUUCUCCAUGGACUUUGUCGACUUCUGCCUCGAGGAGGCCAGCUCUGCCGUCUGCCUGGAGGUGUCGCCCAUCAAGCUGUCCGUAUGCAACCUUCACUCCGAGCAGACGACCGCGGGGCUCAGCCUCCAAGUGAGGGCCAUCAGCGUCUCGCAGUUUCUGCUGUCGGUCGACGGGCCCUGGCUGCAGGCAGGCAAGCUCGAGCUGGGCCCCGUGUGCCUGGACCACUGGAGCCAGGGGGCGUCCCAGAGCGGGCAGGAAGGGUUCCUGCGCACCCACGACUGCAGUUCCCGCCGCCUUUGGUUCCUGUGGGGGGACCCCCGUGCGGGGGGACACUGCGGCUGCCUCGGGGGGUGCGCCUUCUUCGGGGCCCCCCAGGAGGCGCAGGGUGGUGGCGGUGCUUCGGACGACCAGGGGGAACCUCGCCAGGGCGUCUUCCGCCAGUACAGCAGCCCGGGUCAUCGCCAGCCAGCUGCCGUGAGCUUCGCCCGCUCGGCCUCAGCCUGCGACGGGCCUGACGGGCGCCCAAGGGGCACCCCACCAGCGGAGGACCACUUUGCCGAGCGACGGCGCAGCAACGGCGCAUCGGUGCGGCGCGCCAUCUCGACUGACUCCACGCAUUCGUCGGAGGCCUUCUUCUCGGCAGACGAAGACCCUGCAGCCGCCGCAGCGCGCCUGGCCGAGGAGGCCGACAAGAACUCGGACCGACGUCGGCUCUCGUUCUGCGUCCGGGGCUCGACCUCGGCCAGCUCGAGCCUCGAUCGGCGGAGGCCCGCUCGGGAACAGGAGCAGGACGGGGACUCCAACUCCGUCUCGAGCACGUCCUUCCUCUCGGCCGUCUCGUCCCAGGAGGACGUGACGCUGGUGAAUCUGCAUCACCAGAUGGACCGCCCCAUCGCCGAGUCCCCACUGCUGAUGGCCUGCUACGGAGCACACCUGUCGCAGUUUCAGGUGACCAACUGGGAGGAGGCAUGUGCCCCGCUGCCCCACCUGGUGGGCCGGGGUCCCGACGGGGGCCCCCCCGCCUCCACGGCCUUCCUGCAUGCCACUAGCUGCUGGAAGCCCCGCUUCAGCCCCUGCCCCAACAACGGGGCCGGCCCCGGCUUCUCGGAAGUGCGCAUGCUGCCACGCCCACGCCGGGCCCCCUCCACCGGGGCGAGGGCCAGCGGCACGGCGGGUAGAGCGGGGGCCGCGGGAGAGCCACAAGCGACCCCGGCGCCCCAGAACCGCCCGCCUGCCUCGACCAAGAGCGCCAUUGUUGUGCGAGUGCAGGGCGACGUGCACCUGCUGGUGUCCCCUCCCCUGCUGGAGGCUGUGCGCGGCUUUGCGGAGGCCUUGACCCCGACACUGGCCCAGCAGCACCCGGCCACUGUGCUGGGCCGCCUGCUGGGACGCUGCUGGUCGGCUGUGCAGGGAAGCAGCCCACUGCUGGGGGAGAGGGCGCCCGGGAGUGCCCCCAGUGCGGGGCACCAGGAGACGCGCAGGGACCAGACCCAGCUGUGGCUCCAGGUGUCACGUGUGAACGUGAUGGCCCUGCAGUGCUCGGUGGUGGAGGAGCUCAUUGCCUUCUCGGCCCUCGACAACCUCAAGGACCUGGCAUGCGUCUCGGUGCUCGCACUCUGCCUAGACCAGGUUCAGCUGCAGGUGCUGGAGCGUCGGGAGGCCCAGUGUUGCCUGCAGGUGGUGAGGGAGGCCUCGCAGCAGCAGCAGGGCGCGGGGGGCCAGAGCCCCCUCCUGGGCCGCCGUUCGGAUCCCCCCCUGCUGGUGGAGACGAGCGUGGCUGGGCAGCGCCACGGCGUGGCCACUCUCACCCUUGGCGCGGCCCACAUGCAGUUGCGGCGCCUGCGCAACUGCACCAGCUCCCUGCUCAAGGAGGCCACGGUGACCUGCGUCGCCCCACACCACUCCAAGGUGUGCUUCACGUUUGAGUGCCCGGACUGGGAGAAGGUGCGCGAGGACGAGAAGAUGGGAUUCAUCAUGUCAGAGUGGGGCCUGGAGGGGGCCAGCCUGCGCCUGGUGGGCCACGGGGGACACGGCACCGAGGGGUCCCGGCUCUCCUUCCCGGAGGAAGAGCCGCCCUGCGACGCACUGCUCCUGCUCGAGCUCAGGGCCGUCUGGUUCAACUUCGCCGCACCACCACGCACCACAAACUCGCACCGAGCCGACUUUACCAGGCUGGACUGGCACCUGUUGAGCACCAUGACGCCCUCUAUCAACGCCUGGCUGAAGCCCUGCGACCGUCUGCUGGUGGCCCUGCGGAGGGCGCGGCAGGCCGAGCAGCGCCGCCUGUGCGCCGUGCUUGCCUGGCUCAUGGCCGAGGCCAUGGACGCGCAGGGCGGACACCUGCCGCCCAGGGGCAAGCAGCUGUACGGCUGCCUAAGCCCCCUGGCCAGGGCCCUGCAGGACGAGCCCUCGUGCCAGCUGCUGAGUGCCCUGUGCCGCUUCUUGGCCGAAGGGGCCCCUUCCCCGGCCAGCAGCCUCCGGCCGGAGUGCCUGCCCCCGCUGGGCACCCUCCGCCGGGGCCUGCUGGCCCUCAGCCGCCAAUGGAAGCACCUGCUCUACAUGCCCCUGCUGGUGGACCACAACGCUCGCCUGCGCAGAGCCAACAGGCCCGGGGCGCCCCCUGUGACGAGGGUGCCCCCCAGGGAGGAGGAGGAGGCAGCCCCGGACGAGGCGGAGACAGCCUGCCUGCUGGCUCAGGAUGGGGCCGCAGGACAGUCACCGCAGGACCCAAAGGGGGGCCGCCCCGGAGCCUUCCCCCUGCUGGGUGCCCCCCUCGACUCCCCCCUGCACUACGGGGGCAUGCUGUACCUGGGCAAGACCCUGGAACACGGCAUCUCUUGCAUGGUGGCCAACAGUGGGCGCCUGCGAGGCUCGCGCCACAGCCUGGCCACCUGGAGCUUCUCGAGCGUGGAGCCCAUCUUACGCUCGUCCCUGGACCCGGCUAACGACGACGAGGAUCUCUACAACUGGAUGGCCCGGCAGAGGGGGCCUCCCUCGCCCCUGGACUCCCCCGGCGCACCCCCGAGGGAGUCCGGGGCUCCCCCGGGGGGCAUCCCCGACGCCCAGGCCGUCUUCGAACCCCUUCUGUCGGCACUGGGGGCCUGCGCCUCGGCGGGGCAGGCUCCGGGGCCCCGCCUGGCCCUCUCCGCCCUCGUGGAGCUGCUCCGUGUGGACCUGGUGGAGUCCGAGGGCCCCGACCAGGGACCACGCAGGCGUUCCAAGCCGGGUCAGCGUCUGUUUGUGGACACGAGCACAGACACGCCAGCCCUGGUGUGUGACCGGCUCACUCUGGAGCUGGACGUGCGCCAUCCGGGCACACCUCGCACCUGUGCACACCUGGCCGUGGACGUGCAGUACGUCGCCCAGCAGGUGAACAUGCCCCUGCUGCGGCUGCUGCACCAGUUCUCGAGCAUGUACGAGAACGUCCAGGAGACGCGCCUGGAGCUGCGCUGCCGGCGGCCCCGGGCAGACUCGGUGGCCGUGAGGCGCCAUGCCAGCCAGGAGUCGCUGGCGGCUGGGGCGGGAAGGGCGCCCGAAGUGGAGGACACUCCCCGCUGCUGGAAGACCAUGUGCUUCCUGCUGGACCUGUACGAAAGCAUGCCCCCCUCCAAGGCCCUGGCAGACCGGUUCACGGUGACGGUGGGCACCGAGCACAAGUGCGACGCCUCCGAGGGCUACCGAGGUAAUGGCAAGUACGAGCACCUGCAAGAGCACCGCAUCGACAUGGAGGCGCCCUACCCACAGCCGGCACCCAGGGACGCACCGAGGGCCGCGGCCAUCCCGGAGCGGGUGCCCCUGGCGGUGUUUGCGGUGGGCCACGUGAAGCGUAUUCGCCUGCUGGCCAUGCUGAGCGGACUGCGGCUGGAGGCGGAGCUCUCGGGACUGCAAGUCAGCGGCACUCACAAGGAGACCCUUGAGGAGGGUCUGCGCAAGAGCGAGUCUUCUGCGACGGGACGCCUGGGCCCAACGAGCGUGGUUCUCCUGGAGGGCCAGCCCCCGAACCACCAGAUGGUGGUCACGAUGGCCGUGGGGCAGUCCCAGGCCCUGGGCUCGAGCCGCGGAGCCCACCACGCGGCGCUGCUCUCCAUCGGGGCAGUGCACAUCGACAUCCCCCAGCACCCCGUGGUGCUGCACAGCAUGGUGACGCGCUCCAGCAAGCAGCUCUCCACCACGCUGCAGGAGCUGCGCCGGAGCGGGCCCGGGCGCUCCGCCCAGCGGCCGCCCGCGGAGGAGGCCGCUCUGGGCAGCCCGACCCCGCUGGGGUCGGACCAGCGGACGUCGCGCCCCGUGGUGCGCCUGGACCUGGUGCUGGAGGGCCUGACGACGGGGGCCUCGCUCUUGCCCUCCCUGCGGGCCCACUACCACAUGGGGCCCCUGACGGGCACGGGCCGCACGGGGGCCCAGGCCCGCUUCACAGUGCACCUGCCCCAGCACUCGCUCAGCUUUAACACCAAGGUGCCCCCGGCUUGCGAGGCCAACCUACCAUCCCGGGCCAGCGUGGAACUACCACCUGUCCAGGUGGCGGCCGAGUACCUCCAGGACCCCGGGGGUCCUUCGCAGCGAGACGCAGAUGGCGUGGUGCUGCGUCGCGGCAGCUACCUGAGCGCCCUGGCUGAGAUUGGCACCUUUGAGCACAGCCUGACCACGGACCUGCUGAACCACUUGGUGCUCGUUCAAAAGGUCUUCAUGAAGGAGGUGAACGAGGUGGUGCAGAAGAUGUCGGGCACUCGGCCCCUGCGGCUGUGGGAGGGGGCCCCGGGGGGCGGGGGAGGCCGCCUGCUCUUCUCGCUCCAGCUGCGCCUGCGGGGCAUCCGCCUCACGGCCACCACCCCAACGGCCAGCGCCGUGCGCCUGCAGACGGGCACGCUGGACCUGCAGCUCUCCAACCGCGUCCAGAACGCCUCCCGGGCCGUCUCGGCCAUGAAGCUUUUCGGCAAGGGCCAGGUUGACCUCAGCCUCGCCCUGGGACAGCUCCUCAAGAAUACUCUGUUUGAAGAGGCGGAGCUGCAGCAGUUUGCCUUCUUCAAGACUCGCAUCUGCCUGCGCAACGCGUUGCAGGACGAGAUGAUCUCCAGCCAGUACGACGACAAGGAGGCGGUCCUCAUUACUUUGAGCCGGCCCAUGAUCUACUUCCAGCCAGUGGCCCUGGAUAAAGCCGUCCUGGUGUGGCUCAACUACAAGAACGCUUACGAAUACUGGAACGAGCAGAGGGGCAGCCUCAACAAAGAGGUGCUGACGGCUACGCAGCAGGUGUUUGAACGUGUGCCCCAGUUCUCGCAGCUCAGCAGUCAGGCUCUUGGGACCCUGUUCCUGCAGCUGACAGUUCAAGACUUGGGCAUCUGCAUGCCCAUCAGCAAGGGGGCACUGACCAACAGUCGGCUGUACGAGUCAGACAGUACGGCGGCAGUGGUGGUGACCCUCGAGAACACCCGCAUCUCGGCCUGCUCCUGCGGAUCUCUCGUGAGCAAGGCACGUUUCACAGGGUUGUGUUUGCGCUUUGCGGAGGACUUUGAGGUCUCCCUGGACGACUGGAAGCCCGACCCGAGCGAUUCAAGCACCACCAACCUGUGCGUGGUCUCAGAGGGCACUUACGAGAUCUGCUCACGGACCAUCGCGGCGCAGGCCGGCAGCAAUGCCAAGUGGAUCCUGAACGUGCAGUGGCAGAUGGAGGGCGUGGACAUCCACGUGGACACGAGCAUCAGCAAGGCUCUUUCGGCGCUGUUCCGCACCCUGACGGCCCUCACAGGGGACGGGGAUGACGGGGGAAGCCCCGAGGAGCAGGCCGCUCAGGAGCCUGUGACCCUGCGCCAUGCAUGCCUGCUGCUGGACCCUGCCCUGGAUGCCAAAAAGCGGUCCCGGCUGAUCGAAAAGGAAAUGAACGAGCAGGCCAAGAUCAUCAGCGACCUACGCUUCCUGGGGGCCAGCCAAAGCACCAUCGAGCAGGAGGAGCGCCGCCUCAAAGAGCUUGAGACGGCCGUCUUCAAUGACUUCCGUCGUGACGUCAUCAAGAAGCUGCGCAGGCAGAGCGUCAAGGCGGCCUCAAUCAAGGACAAACUGGGGCUGGGCCCCAUGUCACGGCUCGUGCCGGGCACCCCCGAGGAGGAGACCCGGCAGGGGCACCCCCAGCAGGGCCAGGCGCCGCCCCCCACCUCGGGCGGGGUCCCCCCAUCCCCCGGGGGGGCCAAGGAGGCCGGAGUGCAUGUGCGCACGGCUUCCCUCGACAUGUCAGACCUGCCUGCAUCCCCCAGGAGGCCCCUCGUGCACAGGGAGCUGUCCCUGGACAGUGUGUUCUCGCAGACGACGGCAAGUGUGAGCAACAGCGGUGCGCCGACUCCAACGAGCGAGCCCUCUGAGCCGACCACAAGUCCCCAGGACGAGGUCCCCCAAGUCCCCACGUCCGGUGAUGCGCAUGGGGGCCAGAGCCCGCCCACUGCCCCGCAGGGCAGCCGGCAACAGGCGGAGCCCAGCAUCGACUUCGAGCUGGACAUCAAGGUGUUCUUCAACAGCGGGAAGUGUGUCCUGCACACCAGGGACCCCGCCAGGGAAGAGGAGGCCCUCAGGAUGGCACGUCCCAUGCGCAAAGAGCGCAGCUUCUCAGGGGGCCUCCCCGAGGGGGGCUCCCCCACACGGCGCCGGAGCGGGCCCCGCAGUCACCCGUCGUCUUCCCGAAUGCGCUUCGCCCCCGCGGCCACGACCACGCAGGUGGCAGACUUCACCAUCUUCCUUGUGCCGGGGCUGGACGUCAAGGUUCACUACAACUCGUGGACAGUGGGUGGGGAGAGCCCUGUGGGACUGGAGCCACCCGCCCGCAAGGGUGGCCUCAAGAAGGCCACCCUCUUUGCCUGGAUCACCUUGCAGAGCAUUCCGGAGGAGACUGUGAUCAGCCCCCACAUUCUGGACUUCCUGGAGCAAGCCCUGGAGGCCAUUCCUUUGCAGCAGGCAUCCAAGGCCUCUCCCGUUGCAUCACUGGACGGCGCCCUGGUGUUUGAGGAGAGCCAGUACAGCUCGUUCCCAGUGGACGUGAUCGUGUACUUCCGGAUGCAGCCGUCGAUCCUGCGCUUUAGCUGCCUGCCCGUGUCGCGGGUGGAGUGCCUGCUCCGGCUGCCCUCGCUGGACCUGGCCUUCUCGUCCAAGCGGGCCGACGAGGGCCCCGUGGGCGGCCUCUCGGCCACGGGCUGUCUGGCCGACUUCUCCCUCUACAUCUUCCACCCCUACGGCGGCGCCAAAAAGAUGCCCUCCUCGGCGGCAGACGCGUCCCCGCUGGCCGUCUCGGAGCGCAAGGACUCCCUCUCCCUCCAGGUGGAGUUUGUCAAGGUGAACAUGAGCCGUAGCCGCCACCUGGGCCCGGACGGCGGGCGCGCCCUCAUCCGCUUCUCGGCCCUGUGUGACGUGGGCUCGGCCUCCUUCAAGUACGACAUGCGGCGCCUCACGGAGAUCCUGGCCUUCCCCAAGGCCUGGUACCGGCGCAGCAUCGCUCGCCGCAUGUUCCUGGGGGAUCCCGCCACCGCAGGCUCCGCCUUCGGGGACCCGGCGGAAGACUCGGCGGCAGAGACGAGCAGCAGCAGUGGCACCCUGUCCCCGAGCAGGGCUGACUCCUUCCCUUUCGGGAGCCUCGAGCUGGGCUCUCCCGAGGAGGACGCAGCUCCGCCCGAGCGCCCGGCUCCCGCCCGGGCCCCGGGUCAGGCGUGGGAGACCCUGCUGCUCUACGCGCUGAACCUGUCCCGGCUCAACGUCCACAUGAACAUGGGCAACGUCAUGGGCAACACGUCGUGGCUCACCCAGGGGUUCAGGUCCCAAGGGCGGCUGGCCAUCGACAGCCGAGGCCACAAGGACAUGAGCCUGGCAGUGGACCUGGAUGGCUCCAGCCUGGACGCCAAGGGCGGCAUCGUGGGCGGGGCCAUCGAACUCAGCCGUAUUCACACUCACAUGGGUCUGCAGGAGAGCUGGGGCCGCGAGCCCGUGCACACGCUGACCCUGGCCCUGUGGGCGGCGGAGAGCCGCCUGGAUUACAUGGGCAGCAGCGUGCUCAUGGGGCGGGUCUCGCGCCUGGCCCUCGAGCUCAGAGAUGAGUGGCGCCUGUGCGAGGGCUGCGAGGCCACCAAGCGGCCCGCCCUGCUGUUCGUCCACGGUCAGGUGCACUGGGACCAACUGCAACUGCUGCUCUCUAAGUCCACCACACCCGACCUGGCCAAAAUGGGCUCCAAGCUGGAGGAGUUCUUCUCGCAGCAGUUCCACAGCAGCCGCCGGGUCUUCUCCUCCCUGCGCCUGGCGGGGCACGCCCGCCGGGCGCCCAGGGGCCGCGGGGGCGCCGACGAGGGCCCCAGCCGCCACGCGCAGCAGCGCCACUGGCAGGGUGCCCUGUCCCUGGUGUCUGGACUCCAGCUGGGCUGGGGCCUGAGGCUUCCCCUGCACGGCACUCUGGUCGGAGGCAGCAUGGACCUUCAGGGUGGCAACGUGUCCCUGGCGUGCUUCCACGGGGUGAGCUUCCGGUCCAAGGCCUGGGCGCUGUUCAGCCUGCGCCAGCCCAGCAUCCACUUCGCCACCGAGGCCCAGGACGUGCUGGGGCCCCAGGCGGCCGUGGACACGCACGUGGUCCAGCACCUGACCUUCCGGCUGGGCACCGGCGGCACGGGCGCGGGCAGCAUGGCCACCGUGUGCCGCAUCAGCCGCAACGUGCUCUUCCCGCCCCAGUUCAAGACGGUCAACGAGUGGUUCCACUACGCCUUUGCCAGCAGCGAGCUGGACGACGUGGGCCGCUUCCCGGCCUUCGAAGGGCGCCCCACGCCGACCAGGGGCCCCGAGGCCGGCCACACGAUGGAGAUGAUCUUCGCCUUCCCCAGCCUCGAGCUCCACCUCAAGACGGAGCAGCUGCAGGGAGAGCACAGCCCCGGUCCUGACGAUUCCCGGCCCGUCGUGGAGUGCAGCUUUGUGACGGAGUUUGACGACCACAUCUUUGUGGCCGUGGACGCGGAAGCCUUCUUCUUCCUGCAUGACCUGAUCGUGUCCUACAUUCGAGAGAAAGAUGGUGCCUCGGUGGGCGGCAAGAGCCAGUCGCCGGAGAGCGAGCGUCGCAAGCGUGGUAGCGUGGUGGAGCCACUGGAGCCCCUGCACCGAGACUUCCGCGACUACCAGUGCUACACGUGGCACCUGGAGCCUACGGUGCGGCUGCUCUCCUGGGCGGGCAAGGGCAUAGAGCCCUACGGGGUGGACUACAUCUUGCACAAGCUGGGCUUCUCUCACGCCCGCGUCACCAUCCCCAAGUGGCUGCAGCGCGGCUGCAUGGACCCCCUCGACCUCUUCCUCUCGCUCAUGCUGGAGAGGAUGCUGAAGGCCGUGCGCCAGCCCUGACUCUUGUUGUGCUGCACAUUGUUAUAGGUAGAAGACAGUGUUCUGCUUCUUUCUGUGUAAAUAAAUGUUUUCCACAAAAAUAAA